GGCCUGCUCCGACUUGCUUCACUCUCCAUUUCCCAAAGACCCCACACCUGCAAAGUGAGUGAGCCGUGAGCGUUUGUAGUCGAGCAGCAAAACCCAUGGCAACCCUGAAGGAAAUCCUAACCCGACGACCCGUUGCGGCGACGAUCCGCCUUACAGUCCCGGCGGGAGCCGCCCGACCCGUAGCUCCGGUGGGUCCCGCUCUGGGUCAAUACAGGCUAAACCUGAUGGCCUUCUGCAAGGACUUCAACGCCCGGACCCAAAAGUACAAACCCGAAACCCCCAUGGCGGUGAUCAUCACCGCCUUCAAAGACAACACCUUCGAGUUCACUGUGAGGUCGCCGUCCGUCACCUGGUACUUGAAGAAGGCCGCCGGGAUCGAGUCUGGCAGCAGUCGUCCAGGACACGCGGUGGCGUCGACGCUAUCGGUGAGGCACGUGUACGAGAUCGCGAAGGUGAAGCAGUCCGACCCGUAUUGCCAGUACAUGCCGUUGGAGUCCAUAUGUAAGUCGGUUAUUGGUACGGCUAAUUCUAUGGGGAUUAAGGUUGUUAAGGAAUUGGAAUGAUUUGGGAGGAAAAUCUCCAAUUUUGAAACCCUAGGUUUGAUUCUGAUUGUUGUUUUGGGGAAAGCAUGCGUCUUUUUGUUGGGUUUAAGGUUUUGACUGGUACGAUGUUGUUGGAAAGUUUGAUUAUCAAUGAUUGUGUUAGUGAUGUUCAUGGGAUUAGUGUAAUUGAGUAGCUCCUUUCAGCUUGUGAUUUCAUGGUAGAUUUUGAUUUGAAUGAGGAACGAGGACGGCUUUCGUUUCGUUAAACUA